AUGGCUACUUCGCCGACAGAUAAAUCUCAAAUAGACAAAUACAUAGAAGAUGAUAAUGUGACAUCAACAUUUGCAUCAUCGAAUGAACAAAGUUAUGAUAUUUCAAAUUCAAAUUCUUCAAAUAAUAUAGGCAAAAAGACGCACCAGCUAUGGCUGAAUUUUAAAGAUUCAUUCAAACCACCAAUACAACCUAAUUCAACUAAUAAUGAAAUAUCAACAUCAACUUCAGAUCUUGAAAUGGGGGAAAAUAAACAAAUAUCAGAUACUAAAGAUCAAAUAACACUAGCACCACUAAAACAAUCGCUUAAAAAGAGGCAAUUACAAAUGAUUGCAUUAGGUGGUUGUGUUGGAAGUGGAUUACUAGUUGCAUCAGGACUAGCGUUGAAACAAUCCGGCCCAGCAUCAGUACUUAUUGCAUGGGUAGUUGUAUCUUCAUUUUUAUAUUGUACUAUGCAAAGUUUAGCUGAAUUAUCAAGUAAUUUUCCAGUACUGGGAUCAUUUGCUACUUAUUCUAUAAGAUUUAUUGAUUCAAGUUGGGGUUUUGCAAUGGGUUGGAAUUAUUCUAUGUUUUGGGUUGUUGUUUUGCCAUUAGAAUUAGUUGCAAGUUCAAUGACUAUAAAUUUUUGGAAUUCUCAUAUAAAUAGUGUUGUUUGGGUUGCUGUAUUUUAUGUUUUAAUAUUUGGAUUAAAUCUUUGUGGAAAUAAAGGAUUUGGAGAAGCUGAAUUUAUUUCUGCUAUUAUUAAAGUUUUGGGAAUUGCUGGAUUUAAUAUUUUAGCAAUUGUUUUAAUAUGUGGUGGUGGGAGUCAAGGUUAUAUUGGUGGUAAAAAUUGGAAUCCUCCUUUUGCUCAUGGAUUUAAAGGAUUUGUUGCUGUUCUUUUAACUGCUACUUAUUCAUUAGCUGGUACUGAACUAGUAGGAUUAACAUCAGCUGAAUCUGCUGGAGAUGCAAGAAAGAUUUUACCAAAAGCUAUAAAACAAGUUGUUUGGAGAAUAUUGAUUAUUUAUUUAUUGACUUUAGGAUUGUUGGGAACUUUAGUGAAUGCAAAUGAUCCUGAAUUAUUAGGUGGAAGUGGAUCAAGUGCAAGUCCAUUUGUUAUAGCAAUAAGACAAGGUGGUAUAAAUGGAUUACCAAGUGUUUUUAAUGUGGUUAUAUUAGUUGCAUUAUUAGCUAUUGCUAAUUCUGCUGUUUAUGGAUUUUCAAGAACUAUUUUAGCUUUAGCUGAGCAAGGACUUGCUCCAAGAAUUUUUGCAUAUGUUGAUAGAAAAGGAAGACCAUUAUUCGGUAUAUUAGUUAGUGCUAUUGUUGGAUUAUUAUCAUUUGUAUCGGCAUCAAAAUAUCAAGAAGAAGUAUUCGCUUGGUUAGUUGCCUUAUCCGGUUUAUCUACUCUUUUCACAUGGGGAAGUAUUAAUGGAGCAUUUAUAAGAUAUAGAGCAGGAUUAAGUGCACAAGGGAAGAGUUUAGAAGAUUUAAGUUAUGUAUCAAAUACAGGAGUUUGGGGAGCUUAUUAUGGAUUAAUAAUGAAUAUUGUUGUACUAUGUUUACAAUUUUGGUUAGCUUUAUUUCCAAUUGGAAAAUCACCAUCAGCUACAACCUUUUUCCAAACUUAUUUGGCUGCUGUUAUAGUUGCUAUAUUUUAUAUUGUUCAUAAAAUUUGGACCAAAAACUGGAAACUUUAUAUUAAAGCUAAUGAGAUCGAUCUCAAUAAUGGAAAAUCUAUCUUUGAUAUUGAUAUGUUGAAACAAGAAAUUGCUGAGGAAAAAGAAGCAUUAAGGUUGAAACCAUGGUAUUAUAGACUUUACAAUUUUUGGUGUUGA